UUGUUUUUUAUUUGUCAACAGCCUUUCAAGCUUAUUUCUAUUUUAGACUUGUUGACAAGCCGCGUACUCGCACUUACUUAGACUACUCGCUCUCUUUGUUAAGGAAAUUAUGACUUAAUUAAAAUGUCAGUCGCUGCAGCUUUACAAAGUCAUAAUCAAUUAAAACAAAUGACAACGAACAAGACAAUUCUCAAGCCAAAGCCAAAUCUAGGCAAAAUGAGACGCAGGCGCAGCUAAUGUCAGAAUGUUUGAAAUUUUUUUCUUUCUUACGCCAUUCUUUAUAAUUUACGAUUUAACGCGAUAUUUCUAGACAUAAAUUGCUUACGCAUAACAACAAAUACUACCAGAUUAUAUUUAUAGACAUGCUGUUGUAUGUGCGAAGUGAUAUAAUAGACUGUCAUGGUCAAUUCCAUCCAGCUGUCUGACAUUCUGACUGCCCGCCGCGCACUUGGCCAGCGAAACGGACAGCUGCGCUCCUCUAAAGGGAAAUGGAAAAAUCGUGUUUACAACAUUCCAAAGACCUAGAAAAUUUAUGUUGAUCCGUUAUCGGUAUUCGUGUAUAUACAUACAUAUGUUUGCGAUGUUCUUGUACAAGAACAAAACGUGAAAUUUUGCAGCAUAGAAAUUUCCUGUGAAUUAUUGCGCGCGCCAAUAGUGAAUAAACCGCAAGCAGGGGCUACUGGGUAUUCAACUUGAAAACUGUCGGUUAUUUUACGCAGAUAAACACAGUAAUAAUAUUGAUUUCUUUCAAUAUGAAUGCAAACGGAUUAAACAAUACUAUAGCAUUCGCUGUUAUCGUGGAAGCUGAGCGCAUGACCUCCAUCGGGAUAGUUAUAUCGGGCGUGCUAAGAAGUCCCUGAUUGACAAACCAGAAAAACAGCUAAACAUAUAAAUGUAAAGCACAUCACUCUAACCGUAACUGUGACGCGCAGAAACAACUUCAAACAAAAUCUAAAAGCGCCACACAUUCCAUGCAUAUGCCGCAUGCCACAUGCCGCAAAACGCAGGCAAAGUCAAGAGGAAUGCACUUGAAGUGCUCGCGCAGAAAAACAUAUUUGGAGACAUACAUAUGUACAUACAUACGCAAAUGUACUUAGUUUCAUAUGUGCAGAUCUAUUCCGCAGUUGUAUGUAUGUAUGUACACAACGGUGUGAAUCGAGUGUUUUCACAACUCGGCCAGACAAAUGUCUGGCAGCUAAUAAAAAUUCUUGCUUCACUGACUUGCUCUGCCUUGUUGUUACGUGUCUCAACUUUUUUGCCAUUUAUUUUAAUAUUUUUUUCUUUAUUUUUCUUUAUCAUAUCACUCGCCAAUGCAUUCAUUGUCGCCUCUUCAAUUGCUUUGCUCUUCGCCGUUGCUUGGGUCUUAUUUUUGUGGUUGUUUUUGGCAUGUUGCAGCAAGUUGCUGGACACAUUGGCAGCUCUACUAAUUUAAAUUGCUUGCUUGGGUUCCACCAACACAUGCAUAUACCACAUACACGCACAGCCAAUUAUUAGUGCACGAAACCCAAGUAUGCACAUAAUUUAGCGGUUUACGGACUACGCUGCGGUUCACCCCAAUGUUACCACCGCCUUCACUUUGCGCACUUUGACGAAUGACCUUCUUCUUCGGCGACAUUUCCUUCGUUUUUUCUAAGACGCCACUGUCCACGUGGCAGAAAGGAGGCUAAUGGCCCGGCGUGCCUCUUAAGCGUUCCGGUUGGGCGCGUGCGUUUAAGAUAAACACAGACACCCGAGUUUCUCAUCGCCGCCUUCCAAAAAGCCUACUGCCACAUGUAUCUGCUUUGAACUUAAAAAAAAUGAGCGCUUUGUUGGUCGCUUCGUUGUUGUGUGCCGCGUGCUCGCUGCUGCGUCGUGGCCCCUGCGGAUGGAUCCAUGCGAAAUUGUGUGACGUUUGCAGGGCGAGCGGCGUUGCGCACAUGUGGCGAAUUUCAAGUUGAAUGACUGCGAAGUGAAAUGCCAACAUUAUUUUUAUUUUCAGCUCAUACAUUUCUUCUCUUGCUUUCUGAACAAUUAUUUAAAUUUAAUGCAAUACAUCAAUUUUUCUUACUUAUAAACCUUUACAGAGGCAUUUCUGCCUUUUUUCGAAAUUUACAAGCUUAAUCUAAGCCUACUUAGUUUCAAUAUCGUAGGUCUAAAAGAUCUCUCUCAUUCUGGAUCUCAACCACACCAAACAAAGUCAAGUUUCAGUUAACAUAGGCAACUAAUCACCGAAAAAAAUUAAUAAAUUAUGACUUAACGUCGAACGCCUUUGAUUUGACAGAAGUUUCCAUAAUAUUGAAACAUUUGUCUUGUUUAUGAUUUUGAACCAACGAAUCCUUCGUUGGUAGCCGCGAACAUGCAUACUGAAACCGAGCCACUAAUAUCUUAGCAUUUUAAAUGUCAUUUUAUAUACUAUCGAAGCGCAUAAUAUACUUGUUUCUUAAUGAGCCGGCACCAAUUUUCAAUAAAUGUUUAAAUGCUCGCGUUACUACAUACAUAUGACAUACAUACAAACAACUACAGAUUAUAAGCGGGCUCCCUGAUUGGGAAAAUGUAUAUAAUAACGCGCAAUCUGAUAACAAAGACUCUCGUAAGCUUUCGAGCGACGUGUUCGCCGUCGUAAAUUAAAAUUAUUAAUUGUAUAAAAAUUGUACAAAAAGCGAUUAAUAAAACUCGACACACAGCAUGACAAAGAAGAAACAAUAAAAUACUACAAUUACAACAAACAUACGCACACUUUAAACAAAGAGUUUAAAGCUGUUCCAACAAUAACGUUCGCGCGUCAUUGUUGUCCUUCCAGUUGGGUAUCAUUCAGCUCCCCGCGCGCUCCUCCUCAUCCAUUUUCUACGCUUCAUCCACGUUCCUGGCGGGCAAAGCACAGCACGUUCGCUUGAUACACAGCUGCCUGGCGCUGAUGCUCUGAGAAAUGCUGUUAUGAUCUGCUUUCAUUUCUUCCCGGUUCAAGUGGCUCCAAUGCUACACAACAAAUAAGCAAACAUGCGCUGUGUAUGUUCGCAUUUACAUACUUGUAUACACACACACGGGGGCACACAGGCAGUCACACAUCCAGUGGCACGAUCGGCUGGUUGCGUUUUUGCUUGCGUACGUUUUGCAAAAACUGCAACCCACUAUCUAUCUAACUGGCCGUUUUGUUUGCCUCCACGUCUGACUGACUGUCUGUCACGCGUCUGGCGUUUAUUUACUCGAAGACAAGUCGUUCAUCUUUCAUCGUUGACUGCUUUACAUACGCACACAUACACAUUAUAAGCACAUAUUUGCGCAAAAACACACAACCACAUAUAUAUAUGUACAUAUAGUGCUUAUAUGUAUGUAUGCGUAAAUGCAUAUUGCAGCUUCCCCAAGCGCCCAGGCUGUAUGAGUGGGCGGCGCUGAGGGUUUCUUAAGGUGAGCGCAGUAAUUUAUUGGUUUGUGUGGGUUUGCACUUUAUUUCAAAGGGAAGAGCUUUUUUAUUUUUACUUUCUCGAUUGCAUUUUAAUGCUGAAUAUCUGUUCAUAUGAAUAUAUGUAUGUUCGCUUUGACAUACGUGUGCCUGUUCUCACCACGCCUUUUAUUUCACUUCAUUUCGCUGCACUUAUCUAGUACCAUAACCUCUAUUCGAAUUAGUUGGUGAUCUCCCAAAUUUCCAUCUUAAUUUGUUGGCUUGAGUAAUAUGACAUUCUCAAUGUUGUUUCACCUAAAAUGUAUUUGAAAAUCCCCGUUUAUUCUUGAUCAGCAACUGUAUAUGAUUCAUAUGCGUUUUUCAGUUGAAUUCUCUUGUGCAUUUCAGUCUCAUUACAGACCAUUUUUCGGAAGAAAUAAUCUUAAUUGAUUUCUAAUAAAUGGUGAGUGUAUAUCCAGUUAUAAUUCUUGCGGCAGUGAAUUUAAAUAUAGCAUUUACUUACAUCAAAUCUCUGCAAUUACCAAAAUAAUAACAUUUAAUCUCUCUCAAAUGUAAUCUCUUCUCAGCUCUUAGUGCGAAUACUCUUAUACAAAAAUAAAAAGCUCAUUCCACAUUUCAACUUAAAAAUGCUCCUAUUGCCCUCUAGUUCAGCUCGACAUCUCUAAAACUAUUCCAUAACUACCUCACCAUUUCUCCCUUUUUGGUCCAACACAUUCUAAGUGUUGAAGCUGCAGCGGUUUGGCGGCAUUCUUCACUCCUUUGUUUACGGGUGGAGGAGUUGCCGAUGUUUUUUCGUUUGUUGCUUAGAUGUUUACAACUAAUGUUGUCGUACUCAACCCACAUUCUACCUCGCAAUUUUCGUUGGAGCUGUGUCUUAUUUUACUUACCAGCAACUGAAUUGCGUUGAGGAAGAUCCACUGGAUCGUACUGCCGUUGGCUUGUUUGUGCUUACAGUUGAAGUGAUUCGCUCGUUCUUUCGCCACUCAUUCGUUUUGUUUUUUUGUUUUUUUUGUUGUUUGGUUGCCCGGGGACUCAAGUAGUUGACUUCUCGACUGUAAGCCUUCGUAUGCAACGGAAGAAUUGGCAUUCUUUGUUGUUUCUGCUGUUGCCGAGUAUACGUACGAACACUUUUACCCGCAGCUGGAUCACUCGGCCAUUACUUUGUUCGCAUUUCAGUGUCAAUGACAACAACUGUAAUAACAACAAUAAUGCAGACUGUGUACAGGCAACAAAGAAUUUAAUAUCAGGCCAAGAAAUACAACAACAGCAAGUGUGUUGAAGGCAUUGCGUGUAAGUCUUUGCAUUGCGGCUGUUGUGGCUGUCGCAGCCAGCUAAAGUCAGUUGUCAGUUGCCAGUCGACAGUUUACAUUCGCCAAUCCACCAGUCCAGUCAACAGUCUACCACCAAUCACUUCAGCUGAUUGUUUAAGCGCGCACACAUACAUAUACUGGCGUCUGUUAGGUCGCCAUCGGUUGUGGCUGACACUUUUAGUCGUUGAGGAAUCUCAGCGCUGCGCAGGCGUACCCACAACUGCUCUGUCCGCGUAUAUUUUUUCGUUUUCUCGCCUCGAUGAGUUCGGCUUGCAGUGUACGAGCUGCGCAUGCGUAUCUUCAACGAUUGUGUGCCGCUGCAGCGUUGUUUGUCGCUGGUUAAACGUGAUAGUUUUUAAUUUGCCACACAUUGAGUGAGCAAUUAUUUGAUUGACUGUUGGCAAAUAAGUUUUCGACAAGUGAUUAAUUCAACAAAAUGGUUGUCUGCAAUCUCAUCAAACACAUAAAAACGCUUGUGAUUAAGAAGACUUGCGAGUGGUGGUUUUACAAAAAUAAAUGCCGCAAUAUGUCCACACAUUGGAAGCAGAAUGCAUUUCUCAUAUGCUGCGUGAUACUUUUCGGUCUUUUGCUGGGCUUGAUCAUUUGGUACCAGCCGGGGAGCAGCGGCAACAGCAGUCGAAAAGGUGCUCACACAAUCGCGGGUGUUUCAAACAUGUCAAAUACGUGGACGAGUAGUACAGGAUAUCCACCCGUUGUGGACUCGCCAGACAUACAAACGAUUUUUAUAAAUCAUUCAUUUAUUGGUGACGAGCAGUGGACCGAAGAUGAGGAUAUUAAAGACGAUAUUGGCGAUAUAAACAACAGCAUUCCGGACGAUUUCACCAGUGAUUUUGUGACGCCGAGAAAGGUGUACAAUUCCAAACUAAGCGAAGAUGAUUUGCUCUACGAGUCAAAUCGCAAUAAAAGCAGCGUAACGAAUGGUUAUUAUUCAGCGUUCGAUGAGACGGGUACAUUUCGUAGUAAAUCUAGUCAAAUUUGGGAUCCACAUCCCGAAUACAUAAUAAAUGCUUUCGGGCAUGAAUUGCAUUUGGUUUUAUAUCAGGACACAUCAUUCAUACCACCGCAAACAUUUAGUGUAAUUCGUAUACUUAACAAUAGAACCGAGGAAGAAGAAGAGGAAGACGAAGCCAAUGGCCAUUAUUUGGGUUGCUACUACAAGGGCGUAGUGCAAGGUGACGACCAAUCGACGGUGUCCGUGUCGCUCUGCAAUGGCAUGACUGGUUACAUUAAAACAAGUUUCGGCUCGCUGCUCAUACAACCGGUCAAUCAGACUGGUGAUGGCGAUUCGGAGGUGUUGCACAAAGUGUGGCGUCAUUCGCGUCGCAAUGCCAGACACGCCGUCGCCGAUUCAUUCGACAUGGAUUUGAAAGAACUCGAAGAGAGUCUAUUCACGAGGUUGCAUCGUAAGAAGCGUAACUACGUCGAUCGUCAUGUCUUCACGAUGGAAGUGCUGGUGGCGGUUGAUAAGACGAUGAGUGAGUUUCAUGGCAACGAUCUGAAGUCAUACAUAUUGACGUUGAUAUCGAUUGUUUCGAACAUAUACGCCGAUGCUAGCAUUGGCAACUCCAUUUAUAUAACUGUGGCGAAUAUAUUGAUAUUACGCGACGAUCGCAGGAAAGCCACGUCGGCGUCUGCAAUGCUAAAGGACUUUUGUGGCGUCGUUUCGAAGCAAGGGUACCAUUACGACACAGCAAUGCUCAUUACACGCGAUCAAAUUUGCCGCAACGAAGGUGAGCCUUGCGACACUUUGGGUUUGGCUGAACUGGGCACUGUCUGCAAGCGACGAUCGUGCGCCAUAGUACAAGAUAACGGACUGCCAGCCGCAUUUACAAUUGCACACGAAUUGGGUCACGUUUUAAAUAUGCCUCACGAUGAUGACGACCUCUGUAAACCAUUCAACCGACCAGGUACGAAGAGUAAAAUGCAUAUCAUGUCGAGUAUAAUGGGCAGUGACAUACAUCCGUGGUCGUGGUCGGACUGUUCGCGUAAUUAUGUCUCCGAAUUUUUAGAAAAAGAAGACAAAUCCUGCCUCGAAGACACACCCACGCAUUUCAUAAAGAAUUUCAACACCAAAUUGCCCGGCGAGAUUUACUCACUCAACCAUCAAUGCCAACUAAUACACGGCAACCAAUCGCGCUAUUGCCGCAUCGACGGCGAAUGUAAGCGACUGUGGUGCAAGACGGACAGCAGCAGCAGUGACUGUCGCAGCAGCAAUCUGCCGUGGGCCGAUGGCACACCGUGCAACAACGAGCGCCACUGGUGUCAGAAGGGUGAAUGUGUGCCGCGCGAGGGCAAAUCACUGCAAGUGGUUCAAGGCGGUUGGGGUCCCUGGAGUGAAUUUACACCCUGCAGCCUGACGUGUGGCGGCGGUGUGCAGGAAUCACAGCGCGAAUGCAAUAAUCCACUACCGAAAAACGGUGGCAAGUACUGUGCGGGCAGCCGAAAGAAAUAUCGUUCGUGCAACACACACACAUGUCCACCCGGUACUUUAGAUUCACGUGAGCAGCAGUGCUACGAAAUGAAUGGCCGGAAUUUCUCUAGCAAAGGCAUUGCCCGCUCGGCGAAAUGGAUACCGAAGUAUGGACUGUCCUCGGCCGAGAAAUGUAAACUGUUUUGCCGCUUGGAAGACAACAGCGCGUAUUUUAUGCUCGCGGACAAGGUGAAAGACGGCACCACAUGCUCGUUGGAUAGCUUCGACAAGUGUGUCAAUGGCAUUUGCCGGCCGGCAGGUUGUGACAAUGAGUUGAAUUCGCUGGCGAAAAUAGAUAGAUGUGGCGUUUGUGAGGGUCACAACGAAACCUGCCAAGAGUACACCGGCAACUUCUACGUCUCCGAUUUGUAUAAGACCAAGUCCGAGUUAUAUUAUUAUUAUGUGACAACCAUACCAAAAGGCGCCUCUAACAUAGUUAUUACUCAACCCGGUUAUCACGCUGAGAAUUUCAUUGCACUGCGUGACGAUGAGGGCAAUUACAUACUCAAUGGGAAGAAUGUCAUCACCAGCUAUCAUAAUAUAAAAUUCUAUGCAGGCGUAACCAUCGAAUAUAAUGGCGCCGAAAAUUUGGUCGAGCAUAUCAACACCACCGUGGCACGUAAAAUGAAACGUGAUUUAGUUGUAGAGAUAAUUUCCAUAAGCAAAAGUGCACCGAAGGACAACGACUCACUGUUACUCAGCUACACGUAUACCAUGGAUAAGCCGCUCAACCAAUUGCCCGAGAUAGAGGUUGAGAUCUAUAAUUGGGAAAAGCAACCCUGGAGUAAUUGUGAUGCACUAUGUCAUGGCAGCUCACAUCGUUUGCCGGUUUGUGUGAGCACCACGAAGGCAUUGAAAGUGGCGCCACAGUUAUGCGAUGAGACGGCAAAACCGCCAAUUGAAUAUCGCCAAUGUAACACGGAUUGUGUGCUUUCGCUGAACGUGGCAAACAUUUCGGAGUGCUCAGCUUCGUGUGGCAUGUUGGGCACGCGUGAGAAAACUUACUAUUGCAUACAAACAUUCCCACAUAUCAGCCGCUCCAAUAUCGUAGACUUGUCGUAUUGCCUCUCGAAGUUCGAGUUUAGUCCACACGAGUCGUGUCGUGAAGGUUGUUGGGACUAUACCGAGUGGACGCCGUGCUCCAAGUCUUGUGGUACCGGCACGCAGACGCGUGGUGUGGCUUGCAUGCUAAAUGGUACGCGCGUAAGUGAUAGUUUCUGUGAUCAGCGUAAGCGUGAUUCUUUCCGCGAUACAAUAAGAGCUUGUAAAACGGAGCCGUGUUAUUCGUACGAAGACAAUUUGGCUACACAGCGCUCAUAUGCCAGUUAUUGGUUCGCCGAUGAGUGGGGUGCAUGUGACGAUAAUUGUGAAAAGAAUCGUACAGUUACAUGUCGAAAUCCAAUGGGUUAUGGCUGUCCGAAAGAGCGACGGCCCUUAUCCAAGCGUAAAUGUUGCAACAUCAAAUAUGUGUCCAAUUGGUCGAAUUGCUCCGUUGAAUGUGGUAAUGGUGUGCGCCAGAAAGAGAUUCAUUGCGCACGUGUAUACAAACCGGAGAUUAAAGGAACGCCGCGACGACGCGUCAUCAUAGAUCCAUACCACUGUCGCCAUUUGCGCAAACCAACGCCGAAGCGUAUGCACAAGCCCUGCAAGAUCAGCUGUAAAUGGAACACUUCCGACUGGACGCAGUGUCCCGCCGACUGUCAUGAAGAAUAUCAAUCACGUUCAGUUUAUUGUGAAUCAGUGUUGGGCAAUCCGAUUGCUUAUCGCUACUGUGACGCGUUGAAGAAGCCACCAUCGAAGAAGAUCUGCAACAAUUGUGUUCGAAAGGAGUCGAAAAUUAUAACUCCUUGCAAUUGCGAUGGUUUCCGACGUCGUCGCAUCAUUUGUUACGAUUCGACGGGACGACGUAUUGUCUGCCCCACCAAAGAGCGAUUGAUUAAGGAGAAAUGUCCCCCGCCACGUGAAUGUAUGCCACAGUCUUGUGAGGACGUGCGUCGCCUACUUCGCAACUAUCAGGACGAUGAAUAUACCAUAUAUGUGCGUUCACGCGCACGUAGAGUCUACUGCCAUAACAUGAGUAGCUCACCGAAAGAAUAUAUAACCGUUAAUCAUCUUGAAAACUAUUCCAUUUACUAUGAUUAUAAAACUUCCGUUCCGGACAGAUGUCCGCCCGAGUCGAGAAAUCGAGAGUUCCGUGAUAACAGCACCAGUUCGGGACGUACGAACUUCCGUAAGAUACGUGUAAAUCUGCCAGACUUACGUAUCAUCGAAAAUGAUUUUACGUUUGCGGAAACAGUCGGCACUCCACAAUUGUUUGGUUCCGCAGGCGAUUGUUACAAUCGUAACAAGGAAUGUCCACAAGGUGACUUUUCGAUAAAUUUGGAAAAAACCGGUUUCCACAUACGAGCCGGCGCACGUUGGGACACUUUUGGUCACAGUGUAAUUAUGAAGGUAUCUAUACCGUUCGACACUUCUACCGUUUCUCGUCGCGCUUUCUGCGGUGGCUAUUGUGGACGUUGCCAACUUUCGCAUGCGGGGCUGUACCUAGAUGUAUGAUCGCACAUCGGUUGAAACAACCUUAGUGUGGAUACAACUUUUUGUUGGGCUCACAAAACCGUUCGGUUCGUGGUCUUCACACCACCAGUUUUGUGGGCGUGGCAUCGGUAAAUAUGGUCGCAGACGUGUCGUGAGCAUGGAGACUGACAAUGCAUAAGCAAAAUUUUAUGUGCCAUAGAAUGACUCGACGAUGUCAUCGCCCACCCAUAAGCCAACAUAAACCCAGCAGCGACUACAAAGGCGAAGGCAAUAGACCAAAAUUAUACAAAAACACAGAAGAAAUAAACACAAAGUACUUUUAAUAUUGUUGAGCACCUAGUCGACGAGCAGGGAAUGAACGAGUCCAACUACUGCUAGCGAAUUAUUAUUAGAAGUAAAACACAAAGCAACCAAAACGGCUGGUGUUCAGCCGAUAAUGUAAACUGCCAGCAACAAACACAAACAAAAAACUAGCAAUACAAACGAUCACUGAAUAAUUUAUGCGAAAAAACCAAAAACUCGUUGCAACUCACAAAUCAAAAGUAAAAGAAAAAACUAAAAAUAAAACACAUAAAAUAUUGACCUUAAGUUAAGUGCAGAGUUGAAUUUUCUCAGCUUUGGCCAAUUGUGGUAUAUGCCAAUACGAGCGUAAAAUAUGUGUAUGUAAUAUUGUUCAUUCUUUCAGUGUAUUUUAGCACAAAAAUUUAUUGGAAAAAAUUUUAUCCGUUUGGAAAAGUAUUAAUUAACAAAAUGAAAUAUAGCAACAAAUUUUAAAAUAAAAUAUUUUACUAUAUUCGUAGAGAUGUAUGUAGUAUAUUGUGUUGACAAUUCGAAAGGAAUAAGAAUUUGCUAUUUCCAUAAAUUGUAUACCUUUGUUGAAAAUUGAAGCGAAUGUAUGUAAUAUAUUAGGUAAAUAUGUAGGUAUGUAAGUACAGUUUACAGUAUAUGUAACUAUUUUAUAUAUAUACGAUAGCUUUAUGACCGAUGGUGAGUGAACGAAAAGAAAAAGUAUUUAUUUUGAAAAGAAAAAAGUAGCGUUAAGUCAAGGCAUCGCUGAAUUUUACAAGUUUCGAAGGCGCCAUGUGUGUGUCAUACCGAUUUUUUUAAUAAUGCAAUAGUCGUAAAAGUCGUAAUAGUCGUAAAAGUCCGUAAAAGCUUUCAAAAUACACGAAUGGGCUACAAAAAAGUCGAAUUACUUAUACUCGUAUAGCCAUUUUAACCAGUUUUAAAAUCACGACAAAAUUUGCUCACGCAUUAGCGCAGAAAAACAAAACACAAUUAAAACACACAUAUAACGAAUUGCACAGUAUAUUUAUGAAAUUAGGAAUAAUUUUUUUUUUUCAAAUUACCUAAACAUUUAUUUUAAGCAUAAAAUCAAGAGUAAAAUUUUAACAAAGCUUAGAGCAAGGCCUAAUGAAAUUAAAAUUGUUUAAGCAAAACAAAACAAAUAACUAAGAAUUUUUAACAAACUCACUCAAAACCAAAAUUAAAAAAAAAUGUAAUUGUAAAAACUAUCUGUAGAUAUGUAUGUAGGUAUGUACAUCAACGUAAUGAGCCAUAUAUUUCAUAAAUCAUUUGCAUUUAGUUGCUGCUUGCGUUGGAGCUGAAAACGUCUUAUCUCAUAAAAAACAACAACAAAUAAGUUUUUGUUAAUUACGCACACAUUUUACAUUGGUUUAAAUAUACAGUCUUUUUUAAAAAUAACAAACGCAAGAACUUCUCACAGGCACGCCUGUCUCUCUUACAAAAAAUAUUUGACCUUUUUUAUUACACAAAUCUUGUUUUUAUUAAAAUCAAAAUAGCCUAUUACAAUAUAUGAGUUCCAAUUUGUUUGUUUUCUUUUUAAACUCCUUCCAAGCAGUUGCUUUAAAGUCAAAACAUUUGACUCGAAUAUAAAUGUAGUUUAGUACUAGGUCACAACUAUGGCAAUAUAAGUUUUUACUGUAAUUUAAAAUUAUAAUUAAAAUACGUAAAAAUGGUGCUUAUAAUUAUAUAAAUAUUUUACUUACAAAAACAAAAAAAAAAUAUAUUAAAUAGAUCAUAGAGUAUAUAAACUUAUGUGCAAACGCUAUUUUCUGUGAAAGUAGACGUGCGUACGCAACGAUAAGGGCCAGUAUAUGCAAGGAGAGAUGUGCCACUUGCGCACAUUAACUUAUAUACUAUACUGCCAUGCAUUGUACACUUAUGUAUAAAUAUUUAGAAAAACAAAUCUACUAUUUACACGCAUACUUUUGGCAUUUCUAGAAUUAAACUUUCUAAAUAUUCUCAACAAGUGCCCAUUCAUACCAAACGAUCAUGAAAUAAAAAAUAACUUUUGUAAAUGUAUUUUAGCAAUAAAGAAAAAUACUCAUAAAUGUUAAAAUUAAUGCCAACUACGAGAAGAUAAUACAAUUUUAGUGGGCCAUACAAAAACAAAAACAAAAAGAACAAAUAACAAAUAACAAAAUGUUGGCUGAACUUCUUUACAUUGAACACAUUUCACAUUUCAUUAGGAAUUUCAAAAUUUGGCUUCUUAGGUGUCAAAAUUUGAGUGACGGUCGCCAAAUCCAUUGAUCGCAGGUUCGAUACAAUGACUCUAGUUAUUUAAAGGCCAAUAACAACAAGCACGAUAAUUAGAGAUUGCGGCAUUAGUGUCCAGCGACGCCUGUGGCGUGCUAAAAACACAAUUGUGGAAAUGUAAAAAUAUUGAAAAUAAAUCCACUUUCAAAUAAAUACUAAAAAAAUUAACCGUAAUUGAAAGUAACUUAAAUUUCGUUCUCUGAAUAAUGAUAAAUGCAAUUAUUAAGUCAAUAAAAACAUUUAAUUUAUAGUGCAACCUUCAGCCAUAUAACGGUGCGCUGUCAUAUAUUUGUUAGACCUGCGCUCACUGCCAGCAACAUACACGAACUCAACAAACAUACAUACAAAAUGUCAUAUCACUCUUUGUGCCAAGCAAGUCUUUACAACUUGCUAAUUAUCCUUAAAAACCAUAAAACACCCCCAAACUAGAAGGCAGUGUUGCCAAUAAAUGACUGGCGCAUCAUACAUAUAUAUAAAAUGUAUAAUAUAUAAUAUAUAAUUGCUUUAAUAUUCAUAUUAUGUGUGUAUGUAUUUGUGUAAAUAAUUAUACGUUUUAUUUAAAACUUAAAGAUUAGAAAUAAAUAAAUAUACACUGAAAUAACAUUAAAAUGAAAAUGAAAGCACUAAA